AUGAAGCACCCAUUAUCUCCUGACCGAAUCUUUGAAGAUGGAAUUAUGAAUCCAUCAGCUUUACUACGGGGCUUUGAAGAAAAGGGAAUGAGGAAUGAUAGACCAGACUGUCAAUUAAGUAAAGAGAAAAGGAAGAUACUCUUUUCUUUCUGUGAAGUAUGCAAUAUACAGCUGAACUCUGCAGCACAGGCUCAGGUUCAUUACAAUGGGAAGUCUCACCUGAAAAGAAUGAAGCAGCUGAAUAAUGUGAAACUACCUACAAACACAACUCCUGGCACUUUGUUUGCAAGCCCAAGCACAGGCACUACGACACUUCCUACCCUUGUGCGCACACCUACCUUGAUGAUGCAGCCUUCACUGGAUAUCAAACCUUUUAUUUCCUUUCCUGUGGACAGUAAUUCUGCUGUUGGACUCUUCCCAAAUUUUAACACCAUGGAUCCUGUGCAAAAAGCAGUCAUAAACCACACGUUUGGAGUGUCCAUUCCCCCAAAGAAGAAACAAGUGAUUUCCUGUAAUGUCUGUCAGCUUCGUUUCAACUCCGAUAGCCAGGCUGAGGCCCACUACAAAGGAAGUAAACAUGCCAAGAAGGUCAAAGCACUAGAGGCAACGAAAAAUAAACCAAAAGCUUCCAAGGACAGCGCAAAGGCUAACACAAGCUACUCCACCACGCCAGUUACAGCCAACAUCUCUGACAAAUCAGAGGAUAAAGGGAAAGCAAAAACCAAUGGUUCAAGUCAGCAUCCAAAUAUUGAAGUGAGUCCAUUCCUACCCAAACCUGGAGUUACAGCACUAGCACCUGUAACAUCUACAUCAUCCUCCAAGAGCACAAAUGGAGCUACUAGCACAGUUUCUGAAUCAGAAGAGGAAAAAGCCAAAAAACUACUUUACUGUUCACUAUGCAAAGUAGCUGUGAACUCUCUUUCACAGCUAGAAGCCCACAAUACAGGUUCCAAACACAAGACAAUGAUCGAAGCACGGAACGGUGCGGGUCCAAUUAAGGCUUAUCCUAGACCUGGAUCCAGGCUGAAGAUUCAGAAUGGCAGUAAGGGCUCAGGACUGCAGAACAAGACAUUUCAUUGUGAAAUCUGUGACGUCCAUGUCAAUUCAGAAAUUCAACUUAAGCAGCACAUUUCCAGCAGAAGGCACAAGGACAGAGUGGCAGGAAAGCCUAUGAAACCUAAAUAUAGCCCUUAUAACAAACUUCAACGCAGCCCAAGCAUUUUAGCAGCAAAACUUGCAUUCCAGAAAGACAUGAUCAAGCCCCUGGCACCUGCUUUUCUUUCAUCUCCUCUUGCUGCGGCCGCAGCUGUAUCAUCUGCUCUGUCUCUCCCUCCCCGUCCUUCUGCCUCUUUGUUUCAGGCACCUGCAAUACCGCCAGCUCUCUUAAGGCCAGGCCAUGGUCCCAUCCGUGCAACUCCAGCAUCCAUCCUUUUUGCACCAUACUAGUUUUGUAGAGAUAGUAAGAUGACAAUGGCCAGUACGAGGUGGAAAAGGAAAGCAAGCAAGCAUUCAAUAUUGUAAAAUGUCCUUCUCUUUUGAAAUGCCUGCAGUGUGAAACCCCAACUGACUAUGUCACAGAAUUGAUCAUGGAUGGGUACUGCAUUCUAGAUGCCUAGACAGCAUCUCUCUUCUUAAAAUUCAAAUACUUUGUCUAGGAAUGGUUUACUGAAAGCUUACUUGCUCAUCAAAAGAUCUCAUCAAAGAUUCAUGUAUCUGAUUGUUGGUUAUAUUUUUAAUGUGUAUACAAUGCACCUUGAAAACAAGGAACAGAAAACAUUUUCCUGGUUGACUUGAACACUAGGGUCUUCCUCGCUCACACUUAUGUACAUAGAUCUCUGGAAUCCAACUGGGUAUAUUUUAGUGUGAAAAAGGUAGAUUAACCAAGUGCUUAAUUGUGGGUAACAUCUUAAUACUGAAAUGCGUCUUUUUCUUUUCAGUGUGCUCUUGUUGACAGGGAUUGUGUACUGUUUUAGACCCCAGUACCAGUGUAUCUUGUGUAGUACUAGAGAUGUAUCACCUGUCUGAUCUACACAUUUUUAGUUGCUGUGCAAAUAUUUGAAAGCAAUGCAGCUUUGAAGCUUUUUUUAAAUUAAUGUAUUUCUUUUGUUUUAUAUUUUAUUUAGAAAGAUUAAAAAUAGAAAGCCAUAAAACAUAUAGUUAAGAUUAUUACUUGUUUGAUAUUUUCAUUUAACUUAUUUUGUCAAUUCUUCACUUGUGUUGCUAAACAAUGUUUAAAAUUAAAGGGAAAACAAGCCUUUCCAUUGCACAUUACCACCACUCAUGUGCAUUGUUGAAGAAGAUAAUGGGUCUCUGUAUUUAUAUAUAAAUAUCUUAUUUCUUCACUUUUAAACUUGUUUCCUUUGUAACAAUGCUGCAUAAUGGUGUGGCUCCCUGAUGCAAUAAUGUACAGAACAAAAUAUUUAUAAUUGACCAACUUUUAUUUUCUGUUUACUAAAUAUAUUGCGGUUCUUUCCUGUCUCUCCUCCUGCCCCUUCCAUCCUUUUAUAAAGGUAAUAUCAAUAUGCAGUACUCAGAUGAGAUCUCUGUGUGAUAUUGGGGGCGACAAGGUAAUAAAGGAACAAAAUAAAAGUAAUUCUUUUAGAACAUCUUUAUCUGCAAUCCGUAAAUAGUCAAAUGUCUGUGUAUUUUUUUAA